AUGGCGAGCGUGCAGCAGGGCGAGAAGCAGCUCUUCGAGAAGUUCUGGCGCGGCACCUUCAAGGCCGUGGCCACGCCGCGGCCCGAGAGCAUCAUCGUGGCCAGCAUCACGGCCCGCAAGGCGCCGCCCGGUGGGACGCUCAGCUGCCUGUCAUACUCUGCGGAGGACAGACGUCCUGAAAAGGCAAGUGGCAAUGCAUCCAAGGAGGCCUCCACCACCAACGGUUGUGUGAAAGGGAAGGAGAGACGUGACCACGCUCACCACCGGUCACGCAGCCGCUCGCGCAAGGGGGAGCGCACGCCGCCACCAGCCCGGGGGAAGAAAAAGAAGAAGAAAUCUGGCCGCAAGAAGCGAAGGAGGUCUCCCUCCUACAGCCCCUCGCCCGUGAAGAAGAAGAAGAAGAAGAGCUCGAAGAAACGAAAAAAAACUAGGUUAUCCUCCAAGAAGAGAAGACACAGUUCUUCAAGUCCCAAAAGUAAGAGAAAGGAAGAAAGAAAACACAAAAAACACUCUCGUGGGCGGCCCCGGAAAUCUCGUCAUCGUCACCACCGCCACUCUCGCUCAGAGAGCUCUGAUUCUGACUCUGUUAACUGCCGAAGCAGGCACAGAGCCAGGUCUCGAGAAGAAGGGCGUAAAACGCGGCGAAGACGCUCUCGGCAUCAUUCAAAGAGUGCUGCAAAGCAAAGCUCCUCUGCAGAGGUUCAGGCCAGCCAAAAAGCCUGCCAAACCCUCCCACUCUACAGCUUCCUGUCUCCUAAGGAAGUAAUCUCUCAGUCAGGGUCUUCUGCUGACCUCUUUACCAAAACAGACAGCCCGCUUGGCCACCUAGCCAGCCAGAAUGGAGAGUAUCAUGAAUAUGACUCAGGAAACGAUACUUCCUCCCCUCCCUCCACUCAAACGAGCUCCUCCAGGUCAAAGGACAGCCAGGAGAAAAGAAGUCUAGUCCAUGAUGGUUUUGGCCAUGCCUUCUCGUCCGGGAAGCCCAAACUGGCCAACAGUGAUAACAGCUCUGAUUCAGGAAAUUCCUUCACCAGUUGUUUUUCCCAGAGCAAGGGAACAGCUUUGGAAAAUCUAUCUCCAGAUACCCAGGGACAAGACCGAAGAGGGUGCCUGUCUCUGUAUCUCAGCUGCUCGGAGAAGAAGCGAAACUUCCUCCCGUCCCCAGCCCACAGCUCCCCGCUGAGGCCAAGCUCCCGCAGCGAGUCGUACACCAGCACCGGCAGGUCCUCCCCCAGCUCCAGCCACUCCAGCCGCUCCCGCUCCUUACACCACAAGGCCUCCCCCAGGUAUUCCCGAAGCAGAUCCUGCUCUUCAGGGAAGAGGUCUUACUCACGUUCCCCCAGCUAUUCAUCCAAGUCCUGCAAAAAAAGUCCUGGGAGCAGGAGCUCAAGGCCUCGUCGGAGCCCCAGUUACUCCCACUACAGCCCUGGCAGAGACCGUGAGAGAGAGCACAAGUAUGGCUCCAGUGAGAAGGAGUCGCACAGGGAGCGUGACCGGAGGCGGCGACGGAGGUCCUAUUCACCCCUGAGGAAACGCAGGAGAGAUUCUCCCAGCCACCUUGAAGCUCGGCGCAUCACAAGUGCCCGCAAACGCCCCAUCCCCUACUACCGGCCCAGUCCAUCCUCCUCCAGUAGCGCCAGCAGCUAUUCCUCUUGGUACAGCAACUUUAGCCGCUCCCCGAGCCGGAGCUAUUCCAGCUACCGGACGAGCCGGAGCCGAAGUUGGAGCAGCAGCAGUGACAGCAGCAGGAGCCGCAGCCGGAGUUCAGGCCCCAGAAGCAGCCGCAGCAGGAGCAAGAGCUAUGACUCAGGAGGCAGCUCUGACAGCCUCCGUCGCUAGGGAGUGCCAGUGACAGCUCACACACCAAUAUUGUCUCUAAAUUCCUGGCAUUCUCCACUUUCUUCCCGCCUACCUGGCCAUCGAUAACAAUCAUCGAUAACAAUCAUCCCCGAUACUGAUGUGGCAGCAGUGCCGGGUCCCCCUUCUGCAGUUCAGAGUAAGAGCCCUUGUGCACCUGGUGUGGCGCAGCCCCAGAAGCAGGCAGGAUCCUUCACGGCCUCGCACAGCGUGGGGGUACAUCCCAGGUCCCUGGGCCAGUGCCAGAAGGAGAGCUUUCCUGAGGGUCUCUAAUGACAGACCUGCUGCAUCCACCCCAUCGUUACCCCUUCCAUGCCGCUCUCCAAGCACUAGCGGUUGAUCCAAAAGAGUGAAUUUAGCUAGUUGCUUUUCUCCUGCCAAACCAAGAGCCAGCAAAGUAAUUUCCAUUGGAGGGAGAGUCACAGUUGUGGAGGAAUUGAUUGGAAAGCGUUGGUGACGAAUGGGGGUGAUCCUGUCUCU